AUGAUGAUCAAAGUAAAAACAUUAACUGGUAAAGAAAUUGAAGUUGAUAUCGAUGGUACAGAUAAAAUCGAACGUAUUAAAGAACGUGUUGAAGAAAAAGAAGGAAUUCCUCCACCACAACAACGUCUGAUUUUUGGUGGUAAACAAAUGAUGGAUGAUAAAACAGUUAGUGAAUAUAAUGUUAAUGCUGGAAGUGUUCUUCAUUUAGUUUUAGCUUUACGUGGAGGAUUUUUAAUAUAA